AAAAAUGAAUAGCUCAAUGCUCUAAAACCCUCUCUAUCCUCGGUUUCAGCCUCAUCAAACCCUCUCAAAACCCCAAGACCCUGACGCACCCGGAGGGACAGAGCCUACCAAUCCAUUGCCGCUGUUUUCACGCCGUCAUUUCUCUUCCUACACCUAAAACGAUGUCGCUGCCUCGCAUCUUCCGCCGCGCUUUCUCCACCUCCGUCGAAUCCGACUCCACACCUUCCCUGAAAUCCAUUUCCCGCGAUCUCUACAAGGAGCGCAGCCUCAAACAACUCGUCCAGAAGUUCAAGAAGUCCUCCGAGAUAAAACUGUUCCGCACCAAAACCAACAUAUACAAAGACAUGGUCCAUCGGCUCGCUUCGGCGAAAUGCUUCAACUGGAUCGAAGAGAUCCUCGAACACCAAAAGAAGUACGAGGAUAUCUCCAAAGAAGGCUUCUCGGCCCGACUCAUAAAUCUAUACGGGAGAUCAGGCAUGUUCGAGCAGGCCCAGAAAGUGUUCGAUGAAAUGCAUGAGCGGAACUGCGAACGCACAGUGUUAUCGCUCAAUGCGCUUUUGGGGGCGGGUUUGAACUCGAAGAAGUUUGACUUGGUUGGUGGGCUUUUUGAGGAGUUGCCAAAGAAGUUGUCCAUUGAACCGGAUUUGGUUUCGUAUAAUACAGUUAUUAAGGCGUUUUGCGAGAUGGGUUCGUUUGAUUCGGCAGUUACAAUGCUUGAUGAGAUGGAGAAGAAGGGUGUGGAGCCAGAUUUGAUUACAUUCAAUACCCUUUUGCAUGGGUUAUACGGGAAGGGUCAGUUUUUGGAUGGUGAAAAGAUAUGGGAUCUAAUGAAGAAGAAGAAUGUUGUUCUGGAUGAUAGGAGUUACAAUGCAAAGUUGCUUGGGUUGGCGUUGGAGAAGAAAACCAAAGAGGCAGUUGAGUUAGUCGAAGAAAUGAAGAGUAAGGAAGUCGAACCAAGCCUGUUUAGUUUCACUGCUGUGAUUAAAGGAUUUGUUAAUGAAGGGAACUUGGAGGAAGCUAAACUGUGGUACAAUAAGAUAGAGCAGAGUGGCCUUGCCCCGGAUAGAGUGAUUUUCAAUAUUCUUAUUCCCUUUUUUUGUGAGAAGGGUGAGGUGGACCUUGCCUUCAAGCUGUGCAAGGAAAUCCUACAAAGGAAGUUCCUUGUUGAUGUUUCGUUAUUGCAGCUUGUGGUGGAUGGACUGGUUAAGGAGUCUAAAAUGGAGGAAGCCAAGAAGCUUGUGGAGCUGGGGAAGUUUAAUAAGUACGCUCGUUAUAGUCUGAAAUUGCCCUCAGAUGAGUAGUACAAUCGCUUUUUGUUGGCCUUUUGUCCCGUAGGCCAAAUGCUUAAUGGUGCUACAACAAAUUUCGAAAAUGCAGGGGUUUUGUGGGAGCUGGAAAGGUUGAGCUAUUCUUGUUUUAGUCUGAAAAUGCCAUUGGACAAGUAGUGCAACGGCAAUUCAAUUCUUAGUUAAUCUUGUUUAAGCCAUGUAUUCUGACAAUUUAUCCGCUAUCUACUGUCUUUUCUUGCUGAAUG